AUGGCUUCACAGGCCAGGAACAGCGCAAGACCCGAACUGAAGAAGUCAUCAAGACAUAUGUACGAACGAGAGCCGGCAAACUAUGGCAUCCUCGUCCAGCUUGUCCGCAGCUUUCUCAUAGUUGCCUGGUUCUGCUGCUGCUGCACCUGCAUCGUGGUAGCCCAGGUCGUCGGCCUGCCGCUCUAUGUCAUCAAGAAAGAGUACUUUAAUGCAUGGAUCGCCCUGACCAAGGAGUCCUUUGGCCUCGCCAUCACCGCGCUGACCGAGUGGAGUGCCCCGACCCCGGUGCGCAUCAGUGGUGACCGCAGUGUCCUCGGCCAGGUCACUCUCACAUCCAACGGAGGCAUCAGAACUAACUUCCCUGAACGUCUGGUCCUGAUCGCAAACCACCAGGUCUACACGGACUGGCUGUACCUCUGGUGGGUGACUUACACCAACAAGAUGCAUGGCCACAUCUAUAUCAUUCUCAAGGAGUCACUCAAAUAUAUCCCGUUGGUUGGUCAGGGCAUGACCCUCUACGGGUUCAUCUUUAUGGCCCGCAAGUGGAUGGCAGACAAGCCCAGGCUGCAGCAUCGUCUGAGCAAGCUCUCCAUCAAGCGCGGAAAGUCUUCAUCUGGCAAACCUAAAUUCGACCCCAUGUGGCUGCUCAUCUUCCCUGAGGGGACAAACCUGUCACUGCAUACCAAACAAGUCAGCGAUGCUUAUGGAGAGAAGAAGGGCAUCGCUCCACUCAAGCAUGAGCUUCAUCCACGCUCCACGGGGCUUUAUUUCUGCCUUCAGCAGCUCAGGGGCAGUGUCGAAUAUGUCUACGACUGUACUAUGGCAUAUGAAGGUCCACCAAAGGGAAGCUUUCCCGAUAGCUACUUCACCAUUCGCUCUACCUAUCUCAAGUGUCGCCCGCCAAGGGUUGUUAACUUUUAUUGGAGACGCUUUGCAUUUGAUGAUAUCCCGCUGGAGAGCCAAGAGGAAUUUGAAGCCUGGCUAUUUGAGCGCUGGGCCGAGAAGGACGAACUCUUGGACACUUUUAUUGAAACUGGCAAAUUCCCGCCCUUUGAGAAUUCAGACCUCGUAGAGAUGGACCCAAACAGUCCUGAUAUCCAGACCACCUCUGGCAAGAAUUACGGAUACGUCGAGGGUGUGGUCCGACUUAAUUAUUGGGCCGAGAUUUGCAGGGUGUUUGCCGUUCCUGCUUUCAUUGCUUUUCUUAUUCAUAUUUACCGACGGUAUUACGGCUGA